AUGAGUGGGCCCUUUCAAAACAUCUACCAUCUCCGUCGGGUAGCAGACACCGCUGCAAAGGCGUGCUAUGUCUGCCACAAGCCCUCGAGCAGCGUGAUGAUCACACCCGACAACAAGGAUUUCUUCUACGUUUGUCCUGUUCAUCUGAAGGAUCGGCAUUUCUGCUCUCCUAUUGUGGACACAGAGGACGAGGAAAAGAAGAAGAAAGAAGAGGCAUUAGCCAAAGAAAUCGAGAAAGUAAAGAAGGAGUACGAAGAGAGACAGAAGAAGAAGAAAGACAAGGCGAAAGAAAAGAAAUCCGACGAAGAGCCAAAGAAGGAAGAAGGAUCAUCCAGCGACAAAAAGGAGGGCAAUGACGAAAAGGAACGAGACGAUAAGAUCGAAUCCCUCAAGAAGUCAGCACAAUCCACGUCCACGUCCACGUCGGAUGACGGGCCUCGUAUUUUCGCAUUGCAUAAAAAUUUCUACCAGAUGCGCAUCGACAGACUGCGUAAUCUCGAGGCUGCCAAGAGAAAUCGCCAGCGCCUGCAGGAUCCCUCGUUUUUCCCGUCUGUCCCGUCCGGAGGGCUCUGA